GAAUUUAUGAUGAGAAACUUGCAAAUCCAGUAAUUUACCAAUCGCUACUAAUUGACUCGUGCGGUGAAAAGAUCCCAUCAGAAUGGAUCUGGAAAACCACUGAACAAGAAGAAGAGUCUUCUUCGUUUAACCACCACAUCGGAGAAACACAAACACACGCGCGCACACACACGUGCGUGGUGCAGACUCUCCAGUCUCACACACAUGUGUCCGUUGCUGCUGUAACCGUCGACGAAGAAGAAGAAGAAAGAAAUAAACCGUUUAAAGUAAAGCAAAAUUCGUAAACCAAACAAACCCUUAUGCGUGGUGACUAGUGAGUGACGACUCAGAUCUGUUGCGGGGUUAUCGAAAUUGGUUAUUGGCCGAGGGAGAUGGAGGGGAACUCCGGUGGAGGAGGCGGCGGUGGCGGUGGAAACGACGUGGAAUUGCUCUGCAAGACGCUGCAGGUGGAGCACAAGCUCUUCUACUUCGAUCUGAAGGAGAAUCCUCGCGGCCGCUACCUUAAGAUUUCCGAGAAGACCUCCGCCACCAGGUCCACCAUCAUCGUCCCCUUCUCUGGCAUUUCCUGGUUCCUCGAUCUCUUCAAUUACUACGUCAAUUCCGACGACCAGGACCUCUUCAGCAAGGAAUUGCAGCUCGACACCAAGGUUUUCUAUUUUGACAUUGGCGAGAAUCGGAGGGGCCGUUUUUUGAAGGUGUCUGAAGCUUCUGUCAGCAGAAACCGUAGCACUAUAAUUGUUCCGGCUGGAAGCUCCAGGGAUGAAGGAUGGGCAGCAUUCAGGAACAUUUUGGCAGAGAUCAAUGAAGCCUCAAGGCUUUUCAUUCUGCCCAAUCAGCAAAAUUCUGAAUCCUCAGAGCAUCUUGUUGGACUUUCGGAUGAUGUUGGUGCUGGCUUCAUAUCUGGUCAUAGUACUCAACCUGCCACUUCUUCUGAGUUGAAUGUGGACAGGUCUGUUGAUUUGCCGCCUCAGGAUGAAAUUGGGAACUUGGGGGUCUCAAAAGUGAUCAGGGCUGAUCAGAAAAGAUUCUUCUUUGAUCUUGGGAGCAAUAAUAGGGGUCAUUUCUUAAGAAUAUCUGAGGUUGCGGGUUCUGAUAGAUCCUCCAUUAUUCUUCCCCUGUCAGGGCUCAAGCAGUUUCAUGAGAUUGUUGGUCACUUUGUCGAAAUCACAAAGGACCGAAUUGAGGGAAUGGCGGUUGCUAAUGUUCGCACAAUUGAUCCCCCUCAAAGAUGAAUGCUAACUUGGGAUAAGAAUGGGUGUUGUCUUCGAGUCUUAUUUGUGUUAUUUUAUUUUAUUUUCCCUCAGCCUCCUUUCUUCUUCUCAUAUUGUUCUUCCAUUAAUGCUUUUGAAAUAAUGCAAACUCUGGUUGGUCAGCAGAAUAAUUUGAAUUGCUUGGCAAGGUUAAUAUGAAUAGGAAUAACGGAAGAAAAAAAGGAUCAGAGACUUGUACUUGUUUGGAUAGUUUGGCACCCAAGCUACAAUCUGUAAUAAUGUUUGAUUGUUUAUUUUGCGUUCCUUGCACAGAUUUCGCAUGGAUUUAAGUUCUCAUGCCUACCAUAUGUUAGGUUGGUGACUUAACUAUUUUGUAGGGUUUGGUUUCCAUCUAACAGCAUGAACUUUGCUUUCAUAGUGA